UUCAAAAAGAAAAUGUCACGUGGUUGUUCGAACAACAUGUUUUAUAGGACGGUUUUUGUUUUGUUUCUGUCGUCGUGUUUUACGUUUGUUCUCUCGCACGUCGCGUUAACGUAUCCGCCCGCGAGAAAAUACGAUUUGGAUUUUUUGGAUAAUUCCAGAACGAAGGGACCAUGUGGAAUGCCAAAAGGUGAGUUUACUAUUAUUAUUAUUAUUUAUACAAGGAACAUAAAAACGACUCUCCUCGCGGGUUCUACAUUUAACGUAACAUGGCAUUUAGCUUAUUCGCACAGGGGAGGUUACAAACUUCAGGUGUUGGAUAGUUUGGAAAGGCCCGUACUCGAUUUGACACCGGUAACAUCAGAUUCUGAAUUUGUUAAAACCGACGUGACGGCUCAAUCGUAUCAGGUACAAUUGCCACCUGAUUUUUUUUGCGAAGACUGCACGAUAAGACUUUUGAGACAAGCUAGCGAAUGGUCGAGCGGUUAUAGGUUUUGGUCGUGUGCUGAUGUCGAUAUAAAACCAGCUAAUAAAUUCAAAGAAAACUGCAGCGGUCACGGAAGGCACAUGCUUAACAAAUGUCGUUGCGAUAGAUUGUAUUACGGUCCAAGGUGUCAAUACAGAGAUGAAUGUAUCGGAGAUGGAGAUUGCGGUGACAGAGGAAAAUGCGUGGAUGUCGAAGCGACGACGGCACCUAGAAAGCAAUGCUAUUGUGAAUUGGGAUGGUUCGGACCAGCCUGCACGAAAAGGUCCCCUAUAAAAUCCAUCGAUAUCGAUUUCGAUUUGUAUACGAAAAGAGAUUUAAGCGAUAGAUUCACGUUGUACUGGAGAAUUCUCAAAGAAGAAAAAGAAAUCGAAGUUGCCAUGGUUGUGAAAGGUACGAGUUACGCAGCCAUCGGUUGGAGACCGCGAUCCUUGACUCCGGAAUGUAAAAACUUUCCGGAAAUAAUUGAUAAAAAUGACAAAGUCAAACAAGACGUGAUAACGGUUUCGAGCGAGCCGACGGCAGAAGGAGAACCCAAAUCCGAACCUGAACCGAAAGGUAGUCCGGAACCUACGAGCGAACCUGAACCCACGACGACGACUACAACGACCGCAAAAUCCGCGUUCAGAAAUCCUGAACCUGAACCUAAAGCAGAGCCCGAACCUAAAGCUGAACCCGAACCUAAAGCCGAGCCUGAGCCGGCUGCAGAGCCUGAACCCAAAGCCGAACCAGAACCUAAAGCUGAGCCGGAACCUAAAGCCGAACCAGAACCUAAAGCAGAGCCGGAACCUAAAGCCGAACCAGAACCUAAAGCAGAGCCCGAACCUAAAGCUGAACCAGAACCUAAAGCUGAGCCCGAACCUAAGGCUGAGCCAGAGCCGGCUGCAGAGCCUGAACCCAAAGCCGAACCAGAACCUAAAGCCGAACCAGAACCCAAAGCCGAGCCUGAACCUAAAGCUGAACCUGAACCGAAAGCCGAACCGGAACCCAAAGCCGAGCCCGAACCUAAAGCCGAGCCCGAGCCAUCCGCGGAACCAGAACCAAAAUCCGAACCCGAACCGAAAUCAGAACCGGAACCAAAAUCCGAGCCCGAGCCAAAAUCCGAACCAGAACCUAAAUCAGAACCUGAGCCUAAGUCGGAGCCCGAGCCCAAAUCUAAACCUAAAAUCGAGAAUGAGUCCGCAACUAAACAAAAAGAAGGUAAAUCCACGGGUACGUAUUUUCGUAUUUUAACAAACAACAACAACAACCCAUACAAUGAAAGUUUGGAUAAGUCAACAACCGAAGAUAAACAACAAUACGUUCUUAAUCCAUACACUCCACGUCACGAUUUCAAUCCGAUGGAUUGCACGGAUAUCGUCAUAGGUAUGGCAAGAGGAAACAUAAGCAGAAUAUGGGAUUAUUACACGAGAGAUAGAUCCACUCCUAGAUUGGACACAUUCUGGGGAGGUAAAAACGAUUUGACGGGUGCCAUGGGAUACGAAAGGAACAACACGACCGUCAUAGUGUUCAGAAAACGUCUCGCAGCUGAAGAACCGACGGAUCAUUCCAUAGAAAAGGAUUUGAUGCACGUGAUAUGGGCGAGAGGACAGGAAAUAGGAGAAUACAAUCACGUGCCUAAAUCCGGUUUGGAAAAGGAUAAAGCUUCCGUUCCGUUGUUUUACAAACCUGACGAAUUAAAAUAUCACGGUCACGGAGAUCAAAGAGGAUUUUUAAAUCUAAAUUUUUACGAAGAAGAUAAAAAAUCAGAGGAGAGAGAACCGGAUGAACCCAUUUAUUGCGGGGGCUCUUGGAAAACUCCGAAAAGUUGCAGUCCGAAAAAACACGAUUGCGAAUAUUAUGCCAAAUGGGAAUAUUUUUCAAGGAAAGACGAAAUAAAAUUUACAAUCGAAACAACUCACACGAAUACCUGGACGGGUAUCGGAUUUUCCGACGAUCAAAAAAUGUUGCAAACGGAUGCGAUUUUAGGUUGGGUCGAAAAGAACGGUCGUCCCUUUUUGAUGGAUACUUGGAUACACGAUUACAACACUCCACUCGUGGAUACUCAAAGCAUUUACAACACGACCGGAAGAUUCGUCGACGGUGCGACCAUAUUGUCGUUCGUGAGAAAAAGAAUAACGAACGAUCCGAAAGACAUACAAUUCACAAACGACAAAUGUUUCUUUUUUCAAUUUCCGGUCAAGGGUGGAUUUUUCAACGCGGUUAAUAAGAAAAUCAAAAGGCACGAACACGUACCGGUCAUAUCAUCCGAAAGGAUUUGCAUCAAACCCUGCGAUUUCGAUAAUGAAAUUAUGUUGACCACUCCUGCUCCACCUCGGCUUUUCUACAAUUUGCAAGUUAAGCUCGUCAACCUUGGUGAAAAUUUUAAAAUUCCACCUCCUGGUACUUCUGAUUUUGAUACGCUGUCAAAUCAAAUUGGUAACAAUUUCGAAGGGAUUUUAGGCAACGUGCCCGGAUUUCAUAAGAUUGAAGUCAACGACCUGACAGAUGACGAAGGUAACGUCGUUGCCAAAAUGAACGUCGUUCUCGAUAAGGCCAUGUACGAAAAAGGAAGAGCUUUGAAAAACGAUGAAAAAACCGUUAAAAGAGCCAUAGAAGAAACCGUGAUCACGGGUCAAGUGGGUGCUCUAAACGUUGAUCCAAAUUAUCUCGUUUUCGAACCUCAAUCCCGUAAGUUGACGUCAUCGAUUCCAGUGACGGAAUCCGAUUCGCAAUGGUUUUCAAUGACGAAAUUAUACAUCGUCAUAGGUUGCAUAAUCGCACUCGUCGUGAUAGCAUUCAUACAAGCAGUUUGCACGAUAUACAAAACAGUGAGAAAUUCUUCGUCCAAUCACAAGGAACAACUCAUACCAAAUUCAGCAUGGAAAGAUUAUUCGGCCGCAAAUACGAAUUACGCGUUCGAAGCAUACGAAUCCGAAGAGAAAAUAACAACCGGAAAAGGAGGAGGAGGCGUGGGCGGCGGAAACAUUCCCAUGUCGACGAGACCUAAUCCCCCAUCCGGUCCACCCCCGAAAGUUCCGACAAUGCAUCAUCACAAUAACGGUUACGGUGAUUCGAAAUCAUUGCAAAGACCCAGAGGUGGAGGUGGAUACACUCUUAACAUGGCACCGGAAAGGAGUACUUAUUCCCUUCCGAGAACCACACACGCUCCGGCUCAAUAUCCUGGAUACUACACUCAUCGUCCCCACAGCGAACUCCAACCCGAUUUUUAUUUCAUGCCUUCCCAAAGGAAAUAUUCCGGCGAAGUCGUGAGAGUUUACGUCGAUUACAACAAUAAGAAAUAA